AUGGAAAAAGCACAACCAUCAACAAAUCCAAUUGAUCUUAAUAGUGAAUGUUUUGAUCCUGUUUCAUUUAUUAAUAGGAAUAUAGCCAUAUACGAUAAUGAUAAAAUAAAUAAAUUAGCAGAAAGUACUGUGAAAGAACAAAUUGCAAUUCAAAAAUCAGUGUUUGAAACACUCCAAAAACAAGAACGACUUGAAGAAGAAGCGACAAAGUCAUUAAGAAUAGCUCCUGACAAAUUUAAUGAUGUUAGACAAUCUUUAAAUUCACUUAAUGGGGAUACCCAAUACACUGAAGCUUUAUUGAAAGGUAUUUGUGAUGGAGUUACUUUGUUGGGGUUGGCAAGAACAAACAUUGGAUUUGUUGUUAAAUUACUACAUCAUCUUCAACAAUUAGAUAUUUUAAUACAUACUUGUGAACAAGCAUUAAAAGAUAAUUUACCUUUAAGUGCUGCUGAUUCUUUAAGAACUGCAAAAUUAAUAAUUGAAACAUAUGCUGAUGUGAAAGAUAUAGAUGUUUUUGCAACUACUAUUAUGAAACUUCAUCAUCUUUGUAAUGAUAUAAUAACAAUAACUAAAGAAGUUGUUGUUCAAUUUGAAUCAAAUGGAAGUAAUAAACGACAAAUGAGAGAUUAUUUUAGUUUAGUUGAUGAAUUAUUUGAUGAAUAUAAACAUAGUUUUAUUUCCUAUUUAGCAACUCAUCUAACAUUGGGAUAUGCAAAUGCAUUUCCUUUAAAUGCACCACAAUCAAGUCUUUCUAAUAUUGAUCAAAGAUAUAAAUGGUUUUUAGAUAAAAUUAAAGUUGCAAAACAAAGAUAUGAUAAUACUUUACCUUCUAGUUGGAGAUUUUGGGAAGUUAUGGCACAAGACUUUUGUGCCACUUCAAAGGAAUCAUUUCAUGAAUUGCUUGAAAAAUCAUCAAAAGGUGAUUCAGAACAAUUUACUACAUGUUUAGUAAAAGCAAUUAGAACUACAAGAGCAUUUGAAAAAGAGAUAUUAAAAAGAGUAUCAACUAAUAAAGAUAAACCUUUAAUUUUUGAAGGAAUUAUUGGAAAAUGUUUUGAUGGAUAUAUGGAUUUCUAUAUUGAAAAAGAACGAGAAAAUGUUAUGACAUUCUUAAAUAAAUUUAUAAAAGAAGAAUAUUUUGAAGUUGAUAGUGGGGUUGUUGUUUUGUUAUCAUCUAAAGAUUUGAUUUUAUAUUAUAGAAAAUGUAGUGAGAGAUGUGUUUCAUUAACUCAUGGAGAACCAUUAAUGGAAUUAUGUAAAGUUAUUGCAAAUUGUACUGUAGAAUAUGCUAAAAGUCUUCAACAACGAAUGAACACAUCAAAUAAAAGAGAAAUGAUUAAAAGACAAUGUCUUGUAAUUAAUACAUUAAAAUAUAUUUAUUUUCGUAUUGAAAGAUUAUUGACAGUGUCAUUUGCUGAAUUAGGUGAAGAAAUUAAAGAGCCAAUGACAAGUAUGCAAAGUGGAAUUAUUAAAAUUGUUGGAGAAAUAGUUGAACAAUUAGUUGUAACUAUACUUAAACCUGUUGAUGAUAUUAUGAUUAAUAUGACAAAGGAAAAUUGGUCUCCAGUUGAAGGAGAAACAAAUUGGGAGAUAGAUUAUGUUGAUAAAAUGACAAUUUGUAUUAGAAAAAGUAUGGGUAUUAUUGAUGACUAUUUAGUUAAUGAUUAUUACCUUCAAAUAUGUGAAUUAACAACUGCACUUUUUUGUGAAAAGUAUAUUGAUACUCUUUUUAAAUUAAAAAGAAUUAAUGAAUUUGGUGCACAAAUGUUAUUAAUGGAUUAUAGUCAAGGAAAAAACUUCUUCUUAAAAUUGCCAAAUAGAAAAACUCCUAUUACACUUGAUGGAAUAGGAGAUACAAGUGUAAAAAAUACUAUUUAUGAUAUUAAUGAAUAUUCAACUGAAUGUUCUAAAGAAUAUUCAAAAGCAGAAGGAAUUUUAAAAGUUUUACAAAUUACAGAUAAAGACAAAGCAAUGUCUACUUGUCAAUAUUUCUUCCCAGAAAUGAAUACAGAUUUUUUCCCAAGAGUUUGGGCAUUACGUGAUAAUGGGGUAUUAAGUGCUGUUACUUCUAAAUUGAAUUUCUCAUUUUAUAAAGGUAAAAAAGAACAAAUAUCAAAAGCUUUCUCUACAAUCUUGAAUUAA